AUGGAGGCGCAACAGGAAAACGAGAAGACCAGCCCGGCAGCCAUGCCGGAGCGACCAGCCCAAAGCGCAAACAGUGACGCGUCUGCAACUGCAACUGCCGCUGCCACCAGCGCUGUUCCCGACGAGCGAGAGCAGCAGCAGCAGCCGCCGCCGCCGCCAUCCCAGGCCCAACCUCAGGAGCAAUCUCAGGAGCAAUCUCAGGAGCAACCUCAAGAGCAACCUCAAGAGCAACCUCAAGAGCAACCUCAAGAACAGCCGCAGCCUCCACAGGAAGAGCAACAGCAACCACAACCGCAACCGCAACCGCAAUCGCAACCGUCAACUAUCCCACAGCAGCCAGGCCAAGACAGCAUGCUGCCCCUGCCAGGCCAUCACCAUCAGCAUCACAUGGACCCUAACGGCAUGGGCAUGGGUCUCGCCAUGGGGCAGCUAGACUCGAAUGGCUUCAUGAUGCCGAAUCAAGGGAUGGACUUCAGUGCUCUUCCGCAUGGUGCUAACGGCAUGGCCUUUCCCGACCCAAGCUUGAUGAUGAUGGCGGGCCAGCAGAUGGGUAUCCCCCCUCUUCCGCCUCAGCCGACGAAUGGCACCAGCAAUGGGAUCACUGCAGAUGAGAUUGCCCUGUACGAUCGUCAGAUCCGCCUCUGGGGCAUGAAGGCGCAGCAGAAGAUCCAGAGCGCCAACGUCCUCUUGAUCAACAUGAAGGCUUUGGCCAGUGAGAUUGCGAAGAACCUCAUUCUGGCUGGCAUUGGCUCCCUCACCAUUGUGGACGCCGAGGCAGUCACUGAAGCCGAUCUGGGUGCCGGUUUCAGUAUCUCCCAGGCGCAGCUGGGCUUGAAUCGAGCACAGGCAGCUGCAGAGAACCUCAGGAAGCUGAACACGCGCGUCAGCGUCUACGCCGACCCGGACAGCAUCAUGUCGAAAGGUGCUAGCUAUUUCGCAGCCUUUGACAUCGUCAUUGCGACCGAUAUCAACCCCAUGACUCUAGCCUUUAUUAACACGGCAACCCGCCUGUACAACCGGCAGUUCUACGCUGCGGCAUCCCAUGGCCUCUACGGCUAUAUCUUCAGCGACCUGAUUGAACACGACUUUGUGCUUCAACGCGAUAAGAGCAACGUUGACACCAAGGUCGGCGAAGAGACGCGCACCCGCAGCGUCGUUGAUGUCAAGGUGAAGCAAGAGGGCGACAAGAAGAUCGAGGUCGUGACCAAGCGUGAGCUCUACUCUACCUGGGAUCUGGCGGCCGAGACCAGCCUCCUGCCGGUUGACUACAGAAGCUCCAAGCGUCGCCUGAAGGCCGUCACACCGGCGCUGUCCUGCUUCCGGGCGUUAUGGAGAUUCCAGAGCGACAACAACCGCAACCCGGGCCCCAACCGCGCAGAUCUCGAGUCAUUCACCAAGAACGCCACGGCCAACCAUCAGAUGCUCAGCCUGCCCAACGAGACCCUGAACUCGGAGUUCCUGCGCAGCUUCCUGCAGAACAUCGGCAGCGAGAUUGCGCCCGUCACGGCCAUCCUCGGCGGCCAGCUCGCCCAGGACGUGAUCAACGUCCUGGGCGCCAGCCAGCCCCCCAUCCAGAACAUGGUCAUCUUUGACGGCAACAGGAUGCAGGCCGACAUGUACCCACUCCACCCCGAACCCACGGGCGGUGUGCGCCUCGGCAGGGCCCAGCUGGACAUUGGCGGCAACAUGGGCGGCAUGGGCGACAUGGGCGCCAUGGCGAUACCCAAUGCCGACUUCUCGGCGCUGCCGCAGUUUCCCGAUCCUGCCAUCUAG